AUGGACUCUGGAAGUGCCGGGACUGCUGCGGGUAUCGACCCCAAAAUUCUGGAUAAUUGGCAAACCGACGGUGCCUUUUCUGUCGCGUCGUGGGAACAUCUGGGCUAUGAUCAGCCGCCCGAGUGGGAUACGAGCCAGGAAUCAAGCCAGUGUGAUGAUAUCGCCGAUCUAGGAACCUUUUCCGGCUCCCUGACCAGGUCGCUCCUCGACCAGUCGAACGAGUACCAGCGCUUGGAUACUAGAAAACACGAUGUAGCGCCGGACAACCUGAAUUACCCCGACGGAGUCGUCGAGGGCACCGGCAGCGCCACCAUCAGCCCGAGGACCUUGCCAUCCUCCGCCGACGACAACUUCCAUUCGGAUGAAACAUGGCCGCACUUUCAACUUUUCAACUCUGUGGCCGCCGGCAUGCCCAUGGAGGCGCCUCUUCUCUACCCGUAUGCGAAAGGACCGAACCCCUCAACGGGUGCGGUCAUCGUGGACGAUGUGGGCGAGAUGCCUCCAGGCCAUGGGUUUCCAGAUGCCCCCGCCGAGGCCAUUAUGUCCUUCCAACAGAUCCCGCCGUCCUUCCCCAUGGUCAAUGAGCAGUGGCCCGAUGUGCCGCACAACAUGCCCGUGGAGAACAUGGCCCCGACCCACGACCCGAUUCCGCUGUCGAUGGACUCGCAGGCCAACAAGGACCACUCCCUGCGCAGCUUCCAGACCUCCAUUCGAUCACUCGAAACACGUUGGAUCAACAAUAUGGAGUCACAGCUCCCGAUUACGCAGAUGACUCCCACGUCCCUCUCCACUUCACAGACCAUCGGCCCACAGACCGCCGGCCAGAUGGGCCCAGACAGGUACCAGUACAAAUCCGAGAGCUCAUCGAUCUCGGGCGACGUGCCGGGGGUUUAUGAGUGCUCCUAUUCCGCCACCAGCGACGACCAACCGGUUUUCGCUGACCAGCUGGAGGAGGAUGACGCCCAAUGGAAACACGCCCCACAGAGCAGCAGUUCCCCCGAGACGUCGCAUCCAGUGCCCAAGACCACGGCAUUUAUGGUUAGCGAAGGCCCAGGAGAAUCCAUGCUAUCAACCGUUUCGUCGAAACCGAGGGCUUCGUCGUCUGCUGGCCAACGCGCCUCAGGCCGACCGACGCCGCUAGCUAUGCAGUCUGUGGCCACGGUCCGGAAACGCAAAAACAGAGCCGCAGGUUCCAUGGAUCAGAACCAACCGAAGCCGCUGCAGAUUGUCCAGGAAGAUGGACAAGGCGGCUCUAUUGCGUCUGCAGACUUCGUCUCGCCCCCGCGAGGCGCCCGUCGUAAGGGACCCUUGAGUAUGGUCGGAAGGGCCAACGCAGGCAUGCGCAGGAAGAAUAAGGACACCUGUGUGCAGUGCCGAUUGAACAAACGCAAGUGUGAUGGCAGUUCACCCUGCGACGCUUGUCGGCCGACGCUCCACGAGCAGCCGUGUGCCCGCGCGUGCUUCUCCAGUAUUGUUGAGUUUGGGACCUGCAACUACAUCUCUCAACGAGCUGUCAACCACCCAACAGUGGAUGGCAUGAGCAGAAUCCGAAUGGAAAUCCCAUCUGAAUUUGACCUGGGCCAGCUCUUGUCAUCCCUCUCCGAGCGCCAGGGGCGGUUCAACAUCCGCGCCAGCCAGGCAUGGGGUUCUCUCUAUGUCCUGGACUUGGGAGAGACCUACAAGUUCUUGAAGAGCUUGAGCGAGUACAACGGCAACUCAAAGUCGAGUUUCCUGGAGUUUAUCGACCGCCGAAUCGUCGAGUCGAAAGACAAAUCGAAGAACUGGUUGUCUUGCGUGAAGAACUGUGAUCCGAUGAACCAGGCCUACACUUUGCUCUCGCGAUGGAACAACAUGCCCAGCCGUGCCAAGUACAGCUUUGUUUCCUUGGACUCGAACAGCGACGACGAGCAGCCCAUGGACAUCCACAACCCAGAGCACCAGCGCGAUAUCCUCCUAGCGGCACAGCUCUCGCGCAUCGUCUGUCGCAUGUUGGAAGUCGAAGGAUUCCGCAAGCUGGAGCGGGACUUUUACAACAUCAAAUGGAAGCAGAUCUCGCACGAGACACACGUCCGGUUCCUGGGCGAGUUGGGCCACAUCCUGUUGUCGUUGCGGUGGCGGGUUUCGUGGUGGAAGCGGCUCGGUGACGGCGGCCAGACCCCCGAUCCCACGCAGCAGCACUACGUCGACCGUGUCGAGCUGCUCUGCCGCAUCCUCUAUGUCUAUUACACCUGCGUGAUGGCGAAGCUGCCCUCGUGGUCGAUGGCCGAUGUUCCCAAGGGGAUAUGGUCGUCGUACGCCGACUCGGAGAAUUCUGUGUGGGAUGACUUCCCCUCGGACCCCACCGAUAUAGGCUUUUUCUCCUGGAUGGAACGCGGCCAGGACCUGAUUGAGCAAGCCGGGGUUCCGAAUCGGAUCUCCAAAAUGUAA